AUGGGUUCUCUUCUACCGCCGGAGACGAGGGACGAGGAUCGCCAGCAGUCUCGGCUACUCUACGAGCUAUGCGCUCUGGUCCUCAGCAUCCUCAGAACCUCGUCACCGGUACCGAUCCAGUCUUCCGGCCCUCCCCCUUCGAUGUCGGCAGGCAGGCUGCCGCCGCUAUCGCCAGCGGGUUUUGCGUCUCUGCUGCUGGGCAUGUCGCUGGCCUUGAUGCUCUGUGGGUCGUUGACCUUCAUGAUCGGCUUCUUCUUGAUGCCGUGGGUGCUCGGGAUUGGGACGGCGUUCUGCCUCGUCGGCCUCGUGUGGAAUCUCUCGGUGCUGGGGAGGUCGAUCCUCUACCCCUCUCCCCCUUUAACCCCAAGGUUUUCUCGGAAGCAAGAUGCCAGGGGAACCCAUACGUGA